AUGCACGAAAGAGAUGAAAUGAACUCAGCAGAAGAUCCCGAUCUGUCUUCUUUCUAUGAAUCCGCGAUCGAUGACGACGAUCAUGCAAUAAUUGAAGAAAGUGUGGAUUUGACGCUUGAUGCCUCGCAUAUGCGAACAGACGAUCUUUCUGAAAGCGGCUUUAACACCGAGUCUUCACAAGUCAUCAGAACACUGAGAGAUGAUCCUUCCGAAUCCUCGCAGUCCGAUUCUGAGUCCGCAGAUUUGUUUGAGAAUGUAACAAACGAUACUCCUAACGAAGAAGAAUUGAAAUCAAAAAGAGAUAGUGAGCAAAAAAUAACUCUUCAACCACCCGUACGAAUCGCGAAUCCAGAUAGUUUUGAAAAGCAAGACUCGACAGAGUCAGAAUCUGAUGAUUCUUUCACAUCGUCCUCGGAAAACGAAGAUGAUGUUAAUCUUCAAGAAAAAGAAGACGAUUUGAAGGAAGCACAAAACGAAACAAGCGAAGAAGAAAUCAAGGAAAAAAAUGACAACAUAGAAAAGAAAGAUGGGCAGGAGCAGCUGAACAAUGUGAAAGAAAGUAAAAAUGAUGAAAACGAAUCUGAAGAGAAAGACAAGAUGGCCGGGGAGCCGGAAGAAACCACAAAAGAUAAUAAGUCGAACUCAGAAAAGGAUCCAUCUGAAACCAGCUCCAUUGCCUCGACCACCACUGAAGAGAGCAUCCCGGAGUCAAAUACCCAGACCGAUGAAAACCAGCCAUUCGUCCGUCCGACUUCAACUUCAAACCCAAAAGGCGGCAUCAAAAAAUUUCUUCGACGCAGUCUUCCAAAGAAACUGCUGAGAACGAAAACGCUUCAAAGUCGUACGGACUCAGAAUCGUCUCUGAAUAAUUUGGAUGUCGAAUUGCCGAGUCCUAAAUCGUCGCAACUCGACAGUGGAAAUGAUUUACCUCAUCUAAUGACCCCAGUAAAGCAAUUUCUGCGCAAACCUGGGAUUGGACAGAUUAAUUUCACCAGUGUUGACAUUCCCGUGGAGAAUCAACUGACUGAAGUAUCAAGAAAAUCGUCACUGGUCUCGCUCGAUCAGCUUUAUCUCGGCGAUGGGAAAGGGGAAUCUGCUCCAAUUCAGGGAAUAACAAGAUAUGUUGGAAGCAUUUACACAGGCGACAAGGCCUUUGCUGGAACAGAUGCCGCGGUUUUCCUUUGGCUGACGGACGAGAACGGCAAGACCAUGGGUGGCAAAAACGGUUACAAAAUUCGAGAACAAGGUGGCGACGCGUUCGAAAGAAACACCAAAAAUCGGCUCAGGAUCAACAUCAAAUUCGGAAGUAGAUUAUUUGCGAAUCGUAUCGGUAAAACAGAUCAAGUUUUCGGGUGCGAUGAGUGGCUCAAACCAAAGCGUGUUUACGAACUUGGCCCUGAUGGAAGUUCCUCAAAAUAUUUGGUGAAAAUCUUAUCCGAGAAGAAAUUGACAGAUGAAAACGGACAUUUUGUCGAGCUCUAUGGAACAAAAGGGCGGACACAAAAACGAGUUUUGAAGAAGCCAGAGCUCGAUACAACUUGGCAAAUUUUUUCGAUUCCAGCCUAUGAUCUCGGAGAAAUAGAAGCAGCUGCACUUUUCAACGAAAGUGGAAAUGAUUGGAUAGUACAGACUGGGAAUGAAACCAUAAACAGAAGUACAUGCAACUACGUAAGUUCCGAGUCCUCAUUUGCUCCCGGAACUAGUUGUUUGGACUCUGGCUUGGCUGCACUAACUGCCCUAAAAUGCUAUGAAAAGCCAACAAAGCAAUUCAGAGGCGUUUGUGAGCCAAAUGUUAUACAAGUCAAUCCACUAAAGGAAACAAGCUGUUUCGCCUGCGAUGAAAUUUGCUCAGACGGAAAUUGCCGAGACUACGAUACGUGUCUAAAUGAGCCAGCAUCAGGGGCAGAUUCGAAAAUUUGCUCAUCGGAUGGUUGCUCCUUAUUGCUACGCCAGAGCACCAAGAACAUUCUCACGCCAGAUGGAGCCUUGAAGACGCCACUUUCAACAACCAAAGUCAUCAACCGCAGCUGUUUCCAGAGUGGCGUCGAUGUGAAACCAAUUUUUACAACGACGGUAACGCUACCAAGUGGACCGCAAUUCUCGACAGUAGGAAUUGUUGGUAUAACAAUGGCCGUUUGCUUUGGUUUUGUGUUGGUUCUCAUCGUUGCUAUCGCUUUUGUCAGUGAUGAUGGUUUCUUAUGGAUUUGUGCCGCCUGCAAGACAAGUGAUCCGGAUUUGCCUGUAAAAAGCGAACCAGUAAAGCAAGAACCAAAGAAAGAAAAAAUCAUUUACAACAGAAACCCUAAGUUGCCUCCUCGAGGAACACGGCCGACCGUCGAAAUGUCAAGUCGAAUGUCCACUCGGCGGGAUACCAUUUCGGUUCCGCCGGGACGUCGGCAGAGCUAUGUCGUCAAAGAUAUUGGCGGUCGACCAACUCUUGUAUUUGAAGACAUGGACGAUGAUUACUCCGAAACUACUGCAGCUGAACUAACAAACAACACAACUCGGGAAGAUUCGUCGACCAAUUUGAAGCUGACGCCGAAGAAUCCUCAACCGCAGAAAAUCUGCACUUCGAAGAUCUUCGAGCCCGAGACGGUCAAGAAAAGACAAGUCUUCCUCCCAAAAGGGACUCCAAAGCCAGUCGCUCCGAUUCUUCCAAACACUUCCGUCACCCAGAAGCUUCCUCUGAACAGACAGCAAAUGUUUCAUAAUGUCUCGCCGCCGGCAAAAGAGCGCAAAAAGACCCCACCAGAGCAACAUCCUCCAGCCCAGCUUUCAGAAGGAGUCUCAAUUGUCCAAAACGGGGUCAAUAUGAUUCCUGUUCAAAUUCCCAGUGUUCAGAAACAGUGCAUUUGCACUUGUACUUGUGGUGCUCGUCCGGGGGCUCAGCUGAAUAACCCGCAGAAUUUCAAAGUGUUUACAAUGGAUCAACUAGCUGCCUUUCAAAGUGGCCAGCCGCAUGGAAAAGUUAUUAGUAUUCCAGAACAACCUCAGCUUCCGAUCUCCUCGCAGUUCCAGAAACCAGUCCCUCAACUAAGGAACUUGUCCAAAAUUUAG